AUGUAUUUCUGGACUUUGAUCAUCAAAAUAGUUUUCUUAUCACUAACUACAGUAGGAAUUCUUGGAAAUUUCUCUGUGUUUUACUACUAUCUGGUCUGCUAUGGAGACUGCAAAUUAAAGACUGUAGAUUUGAUUCACGUGCACCUGAUGGUCAGUCAGAAGGAAUCCUGUUGUAAGGAAUAAAAAUUCAAAGCUGCUAAGCAUAUUGCCUGCACCCUUUCCCUUCUCUGGGUCUCGUACAUAUUGAUACAUUUCAUUUUAUUUGUGAAUCCACUUAUCAAAAGAUAUAGUAACAAUAUGACAGGAAAACAAGAUUUUGGACACUGCUCUACUGAAGGGCGGGAUGGAAUCAAUGACUCACUCUAUGUAGCAUUGGUGGUGUGCCCUGAAAUCUGCUUUUCGUUGCUCAUGGCCUGGUCUAGUGGCUCCAUGAUUGUCAUUCGUUACAGACACAAGCAGAGGGUUCAGCACAUCCGUAGAACUUGUGGUUCCAGCAGAACCUCCCCUGAGUCCAAAGCCACCCAGAACAUCCUGGUCCUGGUGUCUACCUUUCUGUCUUUUUACACCCUUUCUGCUAUCUUACAAAGCUGUAUGGCUCUUUUGUCUAAUCCUAGUUGGUGGCUGGUGAACACCAAUCGUGUCACUUCUCUGUGUUUUCCUUGUUUUGGACCCUUUGUUCUUAUGAAUCAUUACUCCAUGGUGUCAAGACUCAGUUUGGUCUGGAUGAGGAAUAUAAACUCAGUUAUUCUUAAACAAAUAGUAUAG